AUGGCUCUUAACAUUCCAGCUCUCGUCUCGAUAGUGUUCUUCUAUAUAAUAACACUGGCCAUUGGUGUAUGGGCUGCCCGGAGGACCAAACGGAUACAAACCAAUGGAAACCACACUGAAGUAGCCAUCGUAGGAGGAAGAAGCAUCAAUUUAUUUGUUGGGUUGUUCACAAUGACAGCAACAUGGGUUGGUGGCGGCUUUAUUAACGGAUCAGCAGAGAUAACCUACCUUCCAGGAGGGGGACUGGUAUGGCUUCAGGUACCAUUAGGAUAUGCAAUAGGACUUGUUUUAGGUGCUCUGUUCUUUGUCACCCCAAUGAGAUCUAAAAAGUAUUUGACCAUGAUGGAUCCUCUCCAGGAAUCCUACGGCAAUACCAUGGCGAGCCUUCUCUUCAUCCCAGCGCUUAUAGGAGAUACAUUUUGGUUUGCUGCAAUUCUCUCUUCUUUAGCAUCAGCAGUGACGAUCAUUAUGGACAUCCAGAAUUACUUAUCAAUCAUCGCGUCAGCUUGUAUCGUUAUAACGUACACCUUAUUUGGAGGUCUCUAUUCCGUCGCAUACACCGACGUGAUACAGUUACUAUUCAUGAUAUUUGGUUUGUGUCUUUGUCUACCAUUUGCUAUGAUGAACCCGACCUCUCUGAGUAUAGUAAGCACUGCUACUCAAGAAGUAUUUCAAACGCCCUGGCUUGGAAGACUGGACUUGCAGUACAUUGGAGUAUGGAUAGAUUCUAUUCUGUAUAUUAGUCUCGGGAGCAUCCCUUGGCAGAUUUACUUCCAGAGAAUCCUAUCUGCCUCGACAACAUCUCAAGCCAAAAUAACGUCCUUACUGAGUUCAAUCACAUGCAUGACGCUGGCGGUACCAUCGGUCUUGGUUGGAGCUGUAGCUGCUUCAACAGACUGGAAUCAGACCAGCUAUGGCUUGCCUACCCCUUACGAGCGUGGAGAGGCUGGCAUGAUAUUGCCCAUUGUAUUUCAUUAUCUGUGCCCCUCGUAUGUGUCGGUUGCUGGUCUGGGGGCUGUUGCAGCUGCUGUUAUGUCUUCUGCCGACUCGUGUCUUCUGUCAUCCAGCUCAAUGUUUGGUUACAACAUAUAUAAAAAGAUAAUAAGGAAACAGGCAUCAGAAAAAGAAGUAAUGGUGGUAAUGAGGAUUUCCACCGUCAUCUUGGGAUCACUGGGAGCCAGCUUUGCCUUCUUGUCCAACUCAGUCUACGACUUGUGGUUCAUGUGUGGAGAACUGGUGUAUGCUCUUGUUUUCCCUCAACUCUUUUGCGUCCUUUUUAUACGUAAAACAAACACCUAUGGGUCAGCUGCUGCGUUCUUUCUUGGACUCGUGUUGAGGGUGCUUGGUGGAGUGGAAUCACUGAGACUCCCACCUGUGAUACAUUACCCAUGGUGCACUCUCAUCGAUGGAAACUAUGUCCAACUCUUUCCAUUCAAAACAUUUACAAUGCUGGUUACACUCUUUAUUCUAGUUGUGGUGUCUUACACAACAGAUAUUUUGUUUAAAAACUCAUACCUACCCAUACAUUGGGAUAUUUGCCAUAUUACAAAGGCAAAUGACAUAAUCCAAGAAACAAAAACUGAAGUAGAACUUUUACAAGUAAGAAACACAGAAAACUGUCAUUUACAUGGUGCUGAGAUGUAA